AUGUUCGGUCUCACCUUCACCAACUACUUCCUCGAGAUCUCCAUAGUGGGAGUCGGCUGGGCCGGCAUGGUUACAGGACAAUCGCUCGUGCUCUGGUCGCGCCUGCACCUCGUGCUGCACCACAAGAAAAUCCUACGGGGUUUGCUCUACCUGAUUAUCUUCGACGGGGUGCUGCUGCAUUGCGCGAGUGAGGGGCUGGAACUGGCGGUUAAUGCGAUGCCGGACUCUGAGCCGGUGAAUGUUGCAUUUGGAAUUAUGGAGCGCGUGCAGUUGGUGUGGUUCUGUGCGCAGGAGUUGUUGCUCUCCGGUUUGUACAUCAGGGAGACGGCGAGGAUGUUGCGCAUGGAUAGUGGGGAGUUGUCCAGGAGUGUGUUGGUGCAGUUGUUGUUGGUUAAUGUGGUGAUUAUUGUGUUGGAUUUGUCGGUCGUGGGGAUUCAGUAUGCUGGGUUUUUCACCUUUCAGGUUACGUUCAAGGCGUUGGUAUAUAGUAUCAAGUUGAAGUUGGAAUACGUGAUCUUGGGGAGGUGGAUACGCCGAGAUUUAGGUUCUGAUUUUGGAUUUUUGGUGAAGCGCGAUGGCACUCAGCUGGCUCUGAUCUUACAACACGAUUUACACCAUGUUUGGGUAUGCCUCAAUUCGUACUCCCCUCGCAAUCUUGUUCAUAUGUUCACAUUGGCCACUAUUCUGCUCACUUCGAUUGUUGCGUUUACACUGCCUUCCUUGGAUCUAACAACCAUACUAGUUCCAGCCAUCACGUUUAAGGUCUAUGUGGAAGGGAUGUGA